UGCCAGCUCCCUUCCGGCGGAACGUUUGACCCGGACUACAUUUUCCACACGGGCACAGUUACAGCGGACCAAAGCGACGUGCCUGGCGAAAUGGAAGUAAAAAAUGCUAACGCUGCUAUGCUCAGUAACUAUGAGGUGUUCAAACUCCUCACAGACCUGAAGGAACAGAGGAAGGAAAGCGGGAAGAACAAACACAGCACCGGGCAGCAGAACCUCAACACCAUCAUGUAUGAGACGCUGAAGCACCUGUCAAAGGCUCCCUGCAGCAGGCAGAGUCCAGAGAUCGUCAAAGAUUUCCUCACCACCAUGAAGCCUCACAAACUCACAAAGGCAGAAAAACUGCAGCUCUUGAACCACCGGCCACAAACAGCUGUGGAAAUUCAGUUGAUGGUGGAAGAGAGUGAGGAGCGUUUAUCAGAGCAGCAGAUUGAGGAGCUCAUCCAGACAGUUGCAGACAUCCUACCUGGUGACCCGGAGCUGGAAAACACAGCUGCAGCAGAUGCAGAGAUAGAUGAAGCCGGUGAAGAGUUGUGACGCAGUGACAGGCCAGGAAUGAGCCAUAGGUGGAGAACUGGAGUGAAGGCUAGGAUUACUAUAGAAGUAGACUGGUUACUUUACCUGCACCAUUUUGCAUCACUGCUUGAACUGAACAUGCUGAGAAGGGAUGCACAAUGGCUGCCUGGCCGUGGCCAGAAGGACCUCAGACAAAUUUAAUGAAUGGAAUAAAAUAAGCAGAAUGCUUCUCAUUUGCAUUUAGGCAUAUACAUACAACUGGAUAGUGCAAGUUUUUAAACAGUGAGACACAGACGUCAUCUGAUUGGUCUAACUUGUAUUUCACAUCAGAUGAUGUUUUCAUUCGUUCUGUUUCAUUCCGUCUUCAUUAGGAAUGAAUGAGUUUAGGACUGAGUGCCACAGAGAGAGAAGAUAUGUACUGAGAAACGGACUAAAUUUUUUUUUAGGGAUUUUUUGACAACAAGAAAAAUAUAAAUAUUGAAUAUUUACGACCUUAACAAAUAAAAUCCAUUUAGUUCAUAGGCCAAGUUUUAUUUUUAUAUUAUUAUUAUUAUUGGUAUUUUGACCAACUAAAUGUGUCACACUAUUCCAAAACACAAGUUGCAUGAAGUUGUUAUAAACAGGAAAUCACUGUCAAAGUCACACAUUGCUGGGACAUUUGAAAUGUCUAUCUCUCUGAUGUAGAUGCACCUUAGAACAUGACCUGAACUGCUUGUACAACAUGUGCCGUGUAGUGUGUUUAGGGGGUUUCCAACAUCCAGUCCAUCACCAGAAACAUCUAUAAACUGCAGUGGUGCAUAUAGAAAAAUAAAAUGGCCCUUCACCAAUCAGGAUUAACUGAGAUUUAACGCAUAUUUACACAGCUAGAAGGUGACCUCAGACCUGCCGGGUUGGUAAAGACAAACAUGCUCUGCCUUGUUCAGUGUUGAAUUUAAGUUCCUGUUCUUUUGUAAUCUCUUGCUGUUGUUUGAAUCAGCCAGCAUCCUGAGUUACAAAACCAUUUAUGCUGUUGUGUGGAAAACAAAUCAAGCAAAAUGUGCACCACAUAAUGAGUAAACAGCAAAAGCAUAGCAAAGUGUGUGAGUUCAACAUUUGUUCUUCAUCUUGGAAACAGCAGUGGACCAAACAAUCUCAUUUCAAACGGUUGUUUUUUGUGAUAUUCCCUCCUCUAGUUUUUGUAUUAUAUUGUUAGACAUACAUGUUAAACACAGCAACGGACGGAGAUAAAUUGUGUUUUUUGAACAUUAAAGCAUGUAAACAUGUAAUUUUCUUAUAGAAAUCCAAAAUAAAAAUAUGAACCUGG